AUGAAAAUGUCAGCAAAUCCAACUCCAACAAAUGGAACCUGUGCUUAUGAUGGACUAACAAUGGCGGAUCCAUAUGAUCUAACUGCCUAUUACCAGUGCUGUAAGAAUCAAUGGUUUCUCAAGUAUUGUUUGGAAAGAGAGAUUUUCGAUAAAUAUAAGCUGACUUGUAUUCUAAGUGAUUCUCCAGUACCAACACCUACCAGAAACCAUCAUCAUUUCCGUCCGACUACACUCGUCUGCACUCCAGGAGAUCGGCGUCAGAAUCCUUUCGAUAAUUCGAAAUUUGACGAAUGUGUUGAUGGAAUUCACUGGGUAACCGAGUCCUGUCAAUUUGGAUUUAAAUUCAAUUCAAACACAAAACAAUGUCAAUAUCUUCCAACAACCACCGACUGCUCUGUGGGUGAUACUCGUCCGAUUUCAAAUGGAGACCCUUCUAAAUAUCUGCUCUGCGAUGGUAAUGAAUGGGAGAUUCGUGAUUGCUCAAGUGGAUUCAUUUAUGAUCAAAAUCUCAAAAAGUGUAUUCAAAAAUAUACAACUCCUGGUGUUCCAACUCAAGCACCAAAUGGUUUCUGCCAAGAAUCGAUGUCUCAAGAGGGAUAUAAACCAAAUCCACAAAAUUGUCAAACUUAUUUCCAAUGUGUUCAUGGGGAAUGGCAGCUUCGUAAUUGUGGAACAGGAACUAAAUGGAUGCAAUCGAUCAUUGCAUGUGAUUAUUAUAACGGUGUUUGCUAG